GUCAAAGUAUUUCAUUGUCACAAAUGAAGUAAAUCGCCAUUGUUGCGCUUGAUCUGUUCGUUCAACACAAGGAACCAUCUGCAUCAUGGCUCAAUUCACCGGCUUCCUCCUGAUUCUCCUAUCUGCCUUCGCGUCUCUUAUAGAGGCACAAGCGCAAGGAAAACCGUCGCCGUCGCCUAAACCCCCACCUGCUUGUUCCAUCAAGGACAUCCGUCAGAUGGACGUGUCAAAGUGUGCCUGCGAGCCUCAACACAAAGACACGUGCCAUAAACUUGGAUGUAAAGCCUGCUUUGGCAACGCCGAUAUCCAAUUACGAUUCACCAAGAGCCCUCAUUGCGCUGUCGGAUGUACCGAUGACGACAAGGAAUGUACGGGAUGCGGCUUAUGGUUUUCCACGCUUUGUACCUGUCUCAGGUAUGAUGACUGUAACAAGACGGCAUCGUAUUCGAACCCACCUCCGAACCAGGCGAUAUUCGUUUUGACGAACAGUGACGAGAAACUCGUGACUACCACGGACCUGCUUCCGGGAAUCUUGGAGAUGGCCAACAACCCUUCGCGAUACGAGGUAGGCUGGAAAUUUGCUCAAGGAAAUUACGAUCGUGGAACCCAUGCACUGGCGUUGAACUCUGUUCGGUCAAGAACGCACGAGCAGAUUCAUAUUCAUGUUUGCGAGAAGCCAGACGCAAAAUCGAAAGAUCCCAGAAUCCUGGAUAUUCUAGACAAAAUCCCCAAGAAGGACCAUAAUUACAGCAAGCACCUGAAGCAAGUUGCGGGUUACGAUGAUCUCUACUGUAGGACGAUCGAGGCAGGCAACCCUGAUGUGUUCUACGACUUUCUAGAGGGUAUAAAAGAAGUUUUGGACAAUAAGGCGUUGAAUGUGAAUGGCAAGAUCUGCCACGAUUUUGCGGGAGCGGGUAUCAUCCGAGAUAGCUAUCACAAUAUGUGGGCUUGUGUUACCGGCAACCGUGAGGGCCCGUUGUUCAGGUUCUGCAAGCCGCAGUAACAACAGUAAGUAAGUGGAUGAGGUUGAGAUUGAUACUUGGGGGUUAUAUUGGGCUGUGAAUAGUACAUAUGGUUCAUUCUUUACAAUUGUCAUCAUACUUACAUAUGUACAUAUACCACUCUUUCUUGAACUUGAAUAUUGUAAUAAAAGUUCUUCAGCAUCUCACAACUCAGGGUCUCGUGCGACCAUCUCCACAUUCCCGGGGUGGUUAGAUGGAUGCUAAUUCUUAC